UCUUUUUCUUUUCUUUUCUUCACUCUUUUCUUACUUUAUAGUCAUGACUAAAGAUAUUCGCUUUGAUGGAAAAGUCGCCAUUGUCACUGGUGCUGGUGGAGGUUUGGGUAAAGCCUAUGCUCUCUUUUUUGCUAAGCGUGGUGCCAGCAUUGUCGUAAAUGACCUCGGCGUAUCUCAUACGGGUGACGGUUCUAGCUCUAAAGCUGCUGACGUCGUUGUAGAAGAAAUUCAAAAGUUAGGUGGUAAAGCCGUUGCCAACUACAAUUCGGUCACUGAUGGCGACAAGAUCGUCGAAACUGCCAUGAAAGCCUUUGGACGCGUGGAUAUCAUCAUUAACAACGCUGGUAUUCUUCGUGACAAGUCCUUUGCUCGUAUGACAGAUGCAGAUUGGGACCUUAUUCACGCUGUUCACGUCAAAGGCUCUUAUGCUGUGACUAAGGCUGCUUGGCCUAUCAUGAGAAAGCAAAAAUAUGGUAGAAUUAUCAUGACUGCUUCUGCUGCUGGUCUUUAUGGUAACUUUGGUCAAGCUAACUAUAGUGCUGCUAAACUUGCUCUUGCUAGUUUCAGUAACUCUUUAGCUAAAGAAGGUGCCAAAGAUAAUAUCCAUUGUAACACAAUUGCUCCUAUGGCUGCUUCUAGAAUGACCGAAACUGUCUUACCUCCUGAAAUUCUUGCUUCUCUUAAACCUGAAUUUGUAACACCUGUUGUUGGUUAUCUCUGUCAUGAAGAUACUGAAGAUAAUGGUGGUGUUUUUGAAGUAGGUGGUGGUUUUGUUUCUAAAUUAAGAUGGGAACGCUCUGCUGGUGCUGUUUUUAAGGCAGACGAGUCCUUCACACCCGCUGCUGUGGGUGCCAAAUGGAACGAAGUCACUGAUUUUGAAAAAGCCAAUGAAUAUCCUACCUCUGUCAUGGACACUGACUUCUUGGCCCUUCUGGAACGUGCUAAACAAGCAGAUGCUAAUCCCAAGGCUGAACCUUUAAGAUUUGAUGGUCAAGUAGCCAUUGUUACCGGUGCUGGUGGUGGUCUUGGUAAGGCCUAUGCUUUGCUCUUUGCCAAAUUGGGUGCCUCUGUUGUCGUGAACGAUCUUGGUGGAUCUGCUACUGGUCAAGGUGCUGAUAGUCGCGCUGCUGAUCUUGUUGUGGACGAAAUCCGUAAAGCAGGCGGUAAGGCCGUUGCUAAUUAUGACUCUGUGGAAGACGGUGAAAAAGUCGUAGAAACUGCUUUGAAGGCCUUUGGUCGUGUUGAUAUCAUUGUCAACAAUGCUGGUAUUCUUCGCGAUAAGUCCUUUGCUCGUAUGACAGAUGCUGAUUGGGACCUUGUUCAUCGAGUUCACUUGAGAGGCACCUACAAAGUUAUCAAGGCUGCCUGGCCUCAUUUUGUCAAGCAAAAGUACGGUCGUAUCAUCAACACUGCCUCUGCUGUUGGUUUGUAUGGUAAUUUUGGUCAGACAAACUACAGUGCUGCCAAACUUGGUAUUGUGGGCCUUACUCGUACCUUGGCUCUUGAGGGGCAAAGCAAGAACAUCAUUGCCAAUGUCAUUGCUCCUAAUGCAGGCACUCGUAUGACAGCUACAGUGAUGCCUCCUGAAAUGGUUGAAGCCUUUAAGCCUGAAUAUGUUGCUCCACUUGUUGCUUAUUUGGGUCAUAACAGUAACGAAGAAACCGGCGGUAUCUUUGAAGUUGGUAGUGGUUGGGUUGCUCAAGUACGUUGGCAAAGAACAGGUGGUGUUGGCUUCCCUGCCAACCGUGAAUUGACACCUGAACAAGUCGCUCAAGCCUGGUCUAAGGUCAUUGACUUUGAAGAUGGCCGUGCUACAAAUCCCAACAGUACUCAAGAUUCUUUCCAAGGUUUUAUGGAAAACUUUAGUAAUGUAACUGAAGAAAACAAGUCAAAAGAAGAAAAAGGCGGCCUUGAUGUUGAAGCUGCCAAGAAACUCGAAUUUGAAACACUUGAAUUUACUUAUGGUGAGCGUGAAGCUAUCUUAUAUGCCUUGGGUGUAGGUUGCAAGCGUACAGAUACCCGCUUUGUCUAUGAAAACGAUGCUAACUUUAGUGUCUUGCCUACCUUUGGUGUCAUUCCUUCUUUCACUGCUAUGAACUCUGUGCCUUUUGAUGAAUUCCUUCCCAAUUUCAAUCCUAUGAUGUUGUUGCACGGCGAACAAUUCUUGUCGCUCAAGAAACCUAUUCCUACCAGUGGGACAUUAAAAUCCAAGGCUCGUUUGAUUGAUAUUUUGGAUAAGGGUAAAGGUGCUUCUGUCAUUAUUGGCGUCACUACCACCGAUGAAUCAGGUGAAGUUGUGUUUGAAAACGAAUUCACUUUGUUUAUUCGUGGCAGUGGUGGCUUUGGUGGUAACUCCAAGGGUGCUGAUCGCGGUGCUGCUACGGCCACAAAUGCUGUUCCUAAUCGUAAACCCGAUGCUGUUGUAACUGAAAAGACACAUGAAGAUCAAGCUGCUCUCUAUCGUUUGAGUGGUGAUUAUAAUCCUUUGCAUAUUGACCCUGAAAUGUCUUCUAUGGGCGGCUUUGAUGUUCCUAUCCUCCAUGGUCUUUGUUCAUUUGGUAUUUCUGGUAAACAUGUAUUGAAGACCUUUGGUAACAAUGAUCCCGAGACAUUCAGUAACAUCAAGGCGCGAUUUGCCAAGCAUGUCUUCCCUGGUGAAACACUUGAAACUUCCAUGUGGAAGGAAGGCAACAAGGUUAUUUUCCAGACCCGUGUUGUUGAGCGUGAUGUGAUUGCUAUUUCAAAUGCUGCAGUUGAACUCAAGAAUGCUCGUGAUAGCAAAUUGUAAAUAAAUGAAAAAAUGAUAAUAAACAUACAGUAUCCAAAGAUGGGUAUUUGCAAAACUUUGGGAUCAUUCUCUAUUUCAGAAUGUAUGUAAAUCAUUAGCAUGUAAAGUGUCACAAAAAGAAGCAAUAGGAGAACUGUAAUGACGACAACGAGAAUGGAAAACUCGGGAAAUGUAUGCUUUUUUUUAAAAAAAAAGUCAGUGGAAAAACCCC